UGAAGUCAGACCGCUUCAUGUCAGCAGCGUCAUUGCUUUUGCCUUCACAUAUCAGGCAGAAAAGAGAAGCGCAGAUCUGAUGGCUUUGAAAAGAAUCCAGAAGGAGCUACAGGACUUGCAACGGGAUCCACCCUCGCAAUGCUCAGCUGGACCACUUGGAGAAGACUUGUUUCACUGGCAGGCAACAAUAAUGGGUCCAGGUGAUAGUCCAUAUCAAGGAGGGGUUUUCUUCCUCACGAUACAUUUCCCAACAGAUUAUCCCUUCAAACCACCAAAGGUUGCCUUCACAACAAAAAUCUACCACCCAAAUAUCAACAGUAAUGGAAGCAUCUGUCUGGAUAUUCUCAGAUCCCAGUGGUCACCUGCCCUUACUGUAUCCAAAGUUUUAUUGUCCAUAUGCUCACUUCUUUGUGACCCAAAUCCAGAUGACCCCUUAGUUCCAGAUAUCGCACACAUCUACAAAUCAGACAAAGAUAAGUAUAACAGAAUGGCAAGAGAAUGGACUCAGAAGUAUGCAAUGUAACUGGAUGGCAAGAUUUUGAAAUUGUUGCACAUGGACAAUAUUACUGCACACAACUCUUUCACACCUGAAAAGAGACUGAAGAAGUUUACCAACAGAAAACCUCUUGCACGCACACACACAAAUACACUUAUAUACAACUUAAGAUCUUUGUUCAGGAGGCCAAGUUUUCCUGUUCACAGCGGCGUCCUGGAAAGAGCUACCUGUCAAUUAACUCAUAACAAAACAUUAUUUUAUUUUCCAAUGGAUAAGUUACUUUUAGGAAAUUUAUUGUAUAGAAAUAAUAAACAUUACUGAAUCCUUUUUAUUGUUUUUGCAUUAAAAGAUGCUAUGAA